AUGGUUACCGAGGGCUACGGCGAUGUCUUUGCCCUCGUCAGUCCAAGCGGCAUCCAACUCUUUGUCGGGGAGGAAAAGAUUGCCAAACAAAUCUUAUCGCGAUCAACUGACUUUCCCAAGCCGAUUGAAGUAAUAAAGAUAAUCGACGUAUUUGGAAGAAGCCUGGCCUCGGUCGAAGGCGAGGACUGGAAACGUCAUCGGAAAUCCACUGCCGCUGCCUUUUCAGACAAAGUGAAUGAAACAGUUUGGCUACAGUCUUGCGAUCAAGCCUCCAGUUCUCUGCACCAUUUUGUAUGCCAGGAAAAGGUGUCGAAUACUCAGAAAGAGAUGACUCAGCUGAGCUUCGCUGUUUUGAUGAAGGCAUGUAUGGGGGUCGAUCACAACAACAAAGAUGACCUCAAUAUCCAAAUUGCGAACAGACAUUUGUCAACUAUUUUACGUAUCAUGACCAUUUCAGACACGUCAAAAUUGAAGAUGCUCAGUUUCUUUCGACCACCUUUUCGACCAAAAACACCGAACAAGUUUGCUCUCAGCCUGCAAAGCCUUGGGUCAUUUUUGGAUAAUCUCAUCGACAACCGCAAAUCUCAUCCUCUCCCAAGCAACGACCUUUUGUCUUCAUUACUCACAUCUAGCAAUCGGGAAAUCCUGUCAGAUGAGGAGAUUAGAGGAAAUCUGUUUCUGUUUGUUUUCGCUGGUCAUGAAACCACGGCAAACACUUUGGUCUACAUAAUCUAUCUUUUGGCAAUUUUCCCAGAAUGGCAGGCUUGGGUAACCCAAGAGCUGGAUGAAAUAAUGUCCGACAUUACUCCAACUACUGUGCCGACCAUUCAAGAGAUAUUCCCUCGCACAGUCAGACUCAAGGCGAUCAUGUACGAAACACUCCGACUCUAUGGACCAGUGGUCAAAGUUCUACGGAAGACACCAAAUCAACCACAGACGGUUGUUCAGUCUGAUGAUUCCAGACUUCUAAUUCCCGCAAAUGUCCAGAUCAAUAUCCUCCCGCCUGCUGUUCACGCUAGGACCGCUGAUUGGGGGCCUGAUUCUCUCUCGUGGAUUCCAGGUCGAUGGUUAUGCAGCUCCCAGAAUGCAAAUAACCAGAGUGGUACGAGACAAGAAAGCAUUGACAGCAAGAAAAUUGACUCGCUACUAGCAUGGGGAGAAGGAUCUCGAGGAUGUCCGGGGAAAAGAUUCUCUCAACUUGAAAUAAUUGCUGUGCUUGUCACAUUGCUGCGAAAUCACUACGUGCAGCUUGCACCAAGGGCAGGCUUUAGCGUGGAGCAGGCCCGCGUGGAAGCCUUAAAGGUGAUCAUGCAAAGCAAAUCAGGUCUUACUUUGCAUAUAGAGCGUCCUGAGCUCAUUCAAGUGCAAUGGACUCGACGAUGA